GGCAAGGAGAGCACAGCGCCAAGUGAGAGCGGAGGCCCACGCUCGCGCCUCGCGCAACGCAGGACCGCAUCGCACCCGGUAACAGCUCCGGCACUGCCCCGAACGCGAGCAGCCUCGAAAAGCGCGACCACACGCGAAUCGAGGCUGCCCAACAAGGAACAGCCACAUAGACGCCGUCGUCGCGCCGUAACAAUGGUCAAAAAGUACGCCACCCAGAUGACGCGCCGGGGCCCGGUCCAGGUGGCCUUCGACGAGCAGUCCGUGGAAAGUGCGCCGCCAGUAAAGCGGCGCCCGCCGCCGCAUGUACCGGUGCCCGCGCUGCUGGCCGACCCCGAGGACGAGGAAGUGUUGCACGAGCCCGAAGAAGAUGUUGAGUCGCUGGCGGCGUCGACGAUCGACGAGUCAGAUGAGUCCGAGGCGCCUCCAGUAGAAGUAGAUGACGAACGCCUCCGGGCCGUCGAGGCGGGCCUCGAGCGUUUAGGGAAGGACAUGGAUGGUAUGAGAAGCGAAAACCUGCGCAUAACACGAGACAACGGCACCGUGUGGACUUUAGAGAGGGCCUUCGAGUCAAGGAUGUCGACCACAAUGAGCAGCUACGGAGCUCAAGUCGCCGGCAUGCGUGCUGCCUUAAAUACGGAGCUGCGGGACGCGAUGCGGAGCGUGGUCCUGGACCACCUCGCCGAUCCUGUGGCACGGGGCGCGGCCCACGAGCACGCCGUCGAAACGCUAUUCAAGACGUGCCAAGCGCUCACCGAGAAGGCCUACGCGUCUGACAAGCGGGCCAUGCAGGCCGAGGCCCAGCUGUCCGCGGCCAAGGGUCGUUUAACAUCUCUAGAAGAGCGCUGCUUGAAGCUUGAGAAAGCACAGAGGGAGAUUGACAAGUCCGAAGCGCGUCGAGACCGGGCCGUCGCGCAGGACAAGCAGUGGCGCGUCGACAACGAACCGAAGAUCGCGCAAGGGGCCCGCGCUUUUCAAUCGUUGGAAGCGCUUUCAAUGAGACUGGGCGCUUUAUUGACCAUCGACGCGGCCGCGGAAAAGGCGCGGUCAGGUGAUAGAGAUGGCGCGUCAGAAACAGUGGAAAAAUGGGAGGUGGAUCCAACGCAGUUCCUCCACAAGCUAAGUCAACAAAAUGCGGGCGGCGGCGAAGGUGUAGCGUUGCGCCACGGUCUGAGGCUCAAGGCCGACGUUAUCGCCGGGGCUGAGGAAGACGAACCGUGCGCCGACGCGGUGUUGGCCUUGUUCCGACGCGUAUCUACGCUAGAACGAGACAAGGCCGAGCGCAACAAGGUCAUCCAGCUCUCCGAUAGACUUGGGAACUUGUCAAAGGACCAGGAAAAACAAGUUGAGAGGUUAGAUAGGAAAAUAGACGGCACGCAGGCGGCGUUGAACCACGAGGUCAAGACUCUGAAUAAAAACAUAGAGGACAACGCGAAGGUGACGUUCCAGAACGAGGACCACCUGGACAAGCACGACGGUGAGCUCGCGGAGCUAAAGGAAAGUGUUGGAAGUACGUUCCAGGCCGUGCGCACGGCGCUCGCUCCCGAGCUGCACUUGCUGGAGGAGUUGGAUGAAUUUAGAGCGUUUGUCGAGGACGACCAUGCCGGACGGUUGGAAGCGCUGGAGGCGACGCGGUCGACGCACGAACAAGUAUCAUUGAAAGCUGACAAGGAGGCGAUGAAGGUCAAGGCGUCGCACGACGAACUCCAAGCUGUUGUGGAUAGUGUGAGAACGUUAGCAAUCACGGUCAAUAAUUUUGGCGAGGAGAUCCGGAAGUCGGAAUCGAUCGCGCGGAACGCGGGUAACAUCGCGCGCAAGGCCGACGCGCUGGUCAAGGAGGUGCGGAAGCGGGCCACGGCUGAAGCCAGGCCGCCGCUCGAGCCGGUGGGCGUCCCGGCGGAGGAAGCGCCGCCCAAACAAAGGAUGCGUCGUAAAAAGAAGCGCGACGACGAGGGCUUAUUAACAGGCGGCUACGACUACGAGGAGCAGGAGGAAGAAUCGCCUACGCGACGGGUGGAGGUCGAGCUGCCGACCAUACCGGCGCCGGGCCUCGCGCUGCACAAGCACCGCCUCGAGUGGUCGAAGCCGUCUUCCACACGGGAGCUCAUCGCCGAGGAG